AUGUUUAUUUUAUUUUUAAAAACAUGUUUUCCUGAACUCGUUCAAGCAUGUUUUUCUUUAUAUUUUUCGCCUCCUAAACAUUUUUAUUUAAAGACUGCGCAUCCUUCUCCUUUAAGCGUUACAAAAUUUUUUGGUUCAAAAUGUUUUUCAAAAACUAAUGAUUUAUUGAAGGAAUUGGGAAGAGAACCUAUUAAUUGGAAUGUUGUUUUACCUUGAACAAUUCAAAAAUAUUAGUAAUGUUUUUCAAUUUAUUUUUUUUCAAUUUCUUCAAAUUUUCCUUCUGCCCCAAAACUUACACACAUUUUCUUUAUUAAAAAUUUUAAACGAAAUCUCAUUAAACAAUAAAACAUAUUCUCUUUGUUUUGUUG